AUGUCGUUCUUUCCCUACUCUCGUCUAUUACUGGGCCCAUCACAAUCUGUCGUUGUUUCGGGUCCUCAUAUUGAAGUCAUCGACUCUCAAAAUGGCGAACUCAUCUACUCAACCGUAAAUUUGGGAGAAGCAGAGAAGGCGUCUCUGCUCAAGUCAGGCCCCAUACGUUGCGCUGCAGUAGAUGAAGCAUAUACCCACGUCGCGACUGCCGGGGAGGACAAAAAAUUGAAAGUGUGGCAAACCGAUGGGUUAAAACUUCUCAGCGAAAGGGAACUCCCAAAAAAGCCGACCUCUAUCAACUUUACUCAAGAUGGCCAAACUAUUUUGGUAUCCGACAAGUUCGGUGACAUAUUCAGCUAUCCCUUACAUCCAAAUAUUUCUCCUUCGUCUACAACAGAGUCACAUACAGAUGGCUCCAAACGUGGAGCUCUUACAUCCCACGAAAACCCCUCCGACGGUGAACUCGUGCUCGGUCAUGUCUCCCUCCUCACAUGUUUCCUCCUUUCGUCCGACGAGAAAUAUAUUAUCACUGCGGAUAGAGACGAACAUAUCCGGAUUAGUUGGUACCCGCAGGGUUAUGUGAUUGAGAGCUAUUGUUUAGGACAUGCGAGAUAUGUCUCUGCCAUUCAUAUCCCCUCCUUUGCGCAAUCAAUCCUCGUCUCAGGUGGCGGGGACCCUAUGCUCAAGUUGUGGAACUGGAUGACGGGUGGGCUCCUUUCGGAGAUACCAAUCAUGGAGGCCGUUGAGUCGUUUAUCAAGGUGAGGGCACCGAGCAGAAGGCGGGGGCAAGGAGAUGACGAUGAACUGGACGGAACGGAUGGUGCAGGAAAUAACACCAAGAGACACAAGAAACGAGGGAAGAAAGGCAAAGGGCAGAAGGAAGAGACAAAGGCGAUGGAGGGGACACCGGAUACAGAUGGAGGGGACGACAGAAUGGAAGGGGGUGAGGGCAAGGUCAUUCGACAAGGCAGCAGUCCCCCAAUAGAACAAGCUGCAGCGGAGACGAACGCUACUGAUGGGCCAGAUAGAUUGGUUCUUGUGAUACACAAACUUGAAUCUCUCGAUUUAGGGGAUCGCAGGCGAUACUUAAUAUUCAGUGCGGUUGGAGCAACCGCUCUGUUUUAUUGCAAGUUUCCCGAAUCCGACGAGACUUCGCCGCCUUCUGUGCACGCUCUGGACUUCGGCAGCCCUGUCACUGAUUUUACGUUCGGCGCGCACAACACAAUCUGGGUAUCGCUGGAUUCGUCUCAGGCUCUAGAGGAACAUAUCAGUGAGCGGGGUGACGCUUUUCCCAAAGCACACCUAGUCGAGUUGGUGACAUGGGUAUCAGAUAUGCCGGUCAUUGUCUCAGAGAGUGAUGCGCCUCCAUUGUUAUCUUCUCUACGCACCACAUGUGUGAUACCUGCAUCGCCCGCCGACUUGAAAGUGCUCGAUAUCUAUUCUGCCCUGUCAUCCAUGCCAAAGAAUAUCGAUCCCGAACAUGAUCCUCUGAAGCGAGAUGUUCUCGCCGAAGCUGAUGCCGAUAUAGAAGGCCCCCCAGGUCCCAGCGCGGGCAACGAUACGAAGGGCAAGGGCAAAGGUAAAGGUAAAGGUGCCCAAAAGAAAGAGCUAUCGCAGAGAGAGGUCGCGCGGUUAAAGAAAAAGCGCGCUGUGGCAGAGAGGUUGCAGGAGCAUGAGAAAUCGGCCGGCCAGACUCAGAGUCCAGCCGAUGUGGCAGCAUCGCCCGGCGUAGGGGAGCAGGAGAGAGGACACAAAAGGGCAAGAUCCGAUACUGACAUAGUACCUCAGUCUGCUGGUAGCGAGGUGCAAGAUGCAAUGGAUGAGUCGUGA